GGCCAUCAUCCUGGUGUUGGCCUGCUGCUUCUGCAUCUGCAAAAAAUGGAUAUUCAAGAAGAAAAACAAAAAGAAGGGCAAAGACAAGGGCAAGAACGCCAUCAACAUGAAGGACGUGAAGGACGGAGCCAAAACCGAGGUUCCUAAUUGCUGUUGGAUCUUCUUAAGCCUGCUGCUCUGACGUUUUUAAAUAGCCUCUUGACAACAACUUACAACUCCCAUAGAACCAAAUAUAUGUAACUAUGCAUACAGUACAUGUAUAUCUACUGUAUAUAUGUGUGUACAACUUGCAUAUGCACAUAUAUAUGUAUGGAAAGGCCACUGGGUACGCAUUGACAAGGUUGAGCCACACUGACUGUGGUGCCGAGCUUUUGAAUCUCUCCGAGCACCUGGCAAAGAAACAAACAAAAGGCUUUGACAUUAGCAUUGGAAUCUGUCCACGCUCGUGAAAUAGAUCACAGAGACACUUCAUACGCACCAAAGCGAUCUGAAAGCUCACAAAGGCUCAGCUGAGAGAGUGGAAGCCAGUCAGUGUUGCUCGGCCUUUUUGCUUUCACAUGAACUUGAGCGACUACUAGGAGCAGGCCCCGUUGUAUCAGCAACGCCUACCCACCCACCGCUGGCAUGAUGCUUCUAGCUACCAUUGGCGUAGGACGUAACAUUACAGCUUUAUGGUUAUGAUGAUGAUGUGACUGUAUGUCUGAGGGCAUAACCAGACUGGGAAUGGGGAAUCACCAGAGCACCGGUUUGUGCGACAGAGAAUGCUGCAUGCCUAAUAACAGAGACAUCUUGGAAGGCAACCUCUGAUGCUGAAUGAAUGACCUUGACAAACUUGAAUCGCAUGUUGGUCUUAUAACAGUCUCCUCCACCCCACCCCUCCUCCCCCUCCUCCCGCCCAAUGCUACUUCCUGCUCCCCUCACCUGAGUGCCAGGCUAGCGAAAGGGCUACUUUACUCCUCACUCUCUGACACUUCCCAGUUGAUUUGUGUUUUUACCAGAGUCUUGAUCUGCCUGAAAUAACAUCAAGGGAAUUGUCUUACUUUAAUCUUUUCCAGAAGCUUUUCUCUCUCUCUCUCUCUCGUUCUUUCUGUCCUCUGUCUUUUCCUCCAAUGCCUGCACAUCUCUGGCACCAUCAUUUGAUCUUUCCUCCCUUUAGACAGAAAUACCCAGAGAAUGAUAGAAAAGCAUCAUCAGGGGACGAGGCCCGGGGCUUUAGUGCAUCACAGAGCAUGUCCUGGUGUUAACUGCUAUGGUGUUUUUAGUGCUUGCUUCCCCGUUUUCCCUUUAUGCACAUAAAACAAGUGGCAGCUUUUACAGGAGUAGGUCCGGUGGCAGGACCUGGGCGGGGAACGGCUGGCUGGGGGCUAGCACCUGCGACAAACCGGCGACACUGACUCUUGGUGGGUGUCUCCUUCAGGCCUUGAAGGAUGAGGAGGACGCAGAGACAGGGCUGACCGAAACGGAGAAAGAGGCCGAGCCCAAAGAGGACCAGAAACUGGGCAAAUUGCAAUACUCCCUGGAUUACAAUUUCACCGAGAACACGCUCAUAGUGGGGAUCAUUCAGGCAGCAGAGCUGCCGGCUAUGGACAUGGGCGGCACAUCGGACCCGUACGUUAAGGUCUACCUGCUGCCUGACAAGAAGAAGAAGUUUGAGACCAAGGUCCACAGGAAGACGCUCAAUCCUGUCUUCAAUGAACAGUUCACCUUCAAGGUGCCGUACGUGGAGCUCGGUGGGAAGACGCUGGUGAUGACAGUCUACGACUUCGACCGCUUCUCCAAGCACGACGCCAUCGGCGACAUCAAGGUGCCCAUGAACAAGGUGGACUUCAGCCACAUAACAGAGGAGUGGCGGGACCUGCAGAGCGCCGAGAAGGAGGAGCAAGAGAAGCUGGGCGACAUCUGCUUCUCCCUGCGAUACGUUCCCACCGCGGGCAAGCUGACCGUGGUCGUCCUGGAGGCCAAGAACCUGAAGAAAAUGGAUGUGGGAGGCCUUUCAGAUCCGUAUGUGAAGAUCCACCUGAUGCAAAACGGGAAGAGGCUGAAGAAGAAGAAGACCACAAUCAAGAAGAACACCCUCAACCCGUACUACAACGAGUCGUUCAGCUUCGAAGUCCCGUUUGAACAGAUCCAGAAAGUGCAGAUUGUUAUAACUGUUCUGGACUAUGACAAGAUCGGCAAGAACGAUGCCAUCGGCAAGGUCUUUGUGGGCCUCAACAGCUCGGGGACGGAGCUGCGCCACUGGUCCGACAUGCUGGCCAACCCCAGGAGACCCAUCGCCCAGUGGCACGUCCUGAAGCCGGAGGAGGAGGUGGACGCUCAGCUGUCCACCAAGAAAUAGGCAGGGCCCUUUCAGCGCCUGCCUUGUAGUACUCUUUAGCCAGUAUGUGUAAAUACCUCAGUAAUAUAUGGGUCCAUCCAUGUCCCACCACCUCUAACCCCCCUCUCAGCCUCUGCUUUAACACACAGUUCUAGUCGUCAAACAUUUCACCAUCUGCUUUCUCCGAUCAGGUCCUUGAUUUUCAUUUGUUCCUCUCAAUCAGCAUUUUGUGUUCGUCCACCUUCGAGUCCUUAACUGCCCCGACCAAAUGCCCCCUUUCUUUAAGCAAUAUGAUCUGUAUAGAUAGCGCAUGACUGAAAGAAUUUAUUGUACCACAGUUGUAUAUAUAAGUAUGCAGACAAAAUGAUUUCUAGUUUCUGUGUUUGUAUGUUGUUACCCGUUUCCUAAUCUGUGUAUAUCUCGAUGUUUUUAAUAAGAUGUUCUAUUUUAAAUGAUGUAAAUGCAGAUAUAGAGGAAAGCCAAUAUUAUAUAUCCCAGGAUUUAAAAAUUCUACCUUAUUACCUUAUUGCAUUUCAGAUUAAAAAAGAAUUCCAACCUGCAAGACGCCAGUGGAAACAUUCACAUUGUAAAGGACGAUGCCUGGCUUUAAGUUCAGCUUAGGAUCAUCACAGACACCAAGCUCUAAACUACAAGGCCAUUAACUGCUAUGGUUCUAUGGGGAAAUCCUACAAGCACAUGAUUUCUUACAACUUUUUCUACCUGGUUUUCAGUCAGAGGAGCUACAGUAUCCGUUUAGGUACGUUUCAUUUCUCCGCGUUUGGCCGUUUAUGGCGUGAGGUCCUCAGUUUAAGGCCACCGUUCAGUGACUCCACUGUUUUCCGUCCCACACGGGGAAAACGUUGCCUCCGUACUAAAACUUCUCAACCCUUCUAAACAGACUCCAAGCGGUAGCCAUUGUGUCCUUAAGCUCGUUUAACAGUGUUUUGUUAACCGCUUACUUUAACAGCCUUGUUGUUGUUGUUGGGAGCGUAUUGCAUUUAGUCCAGGGUCCGAUCUUUGCGAGGGAGUAAAAUAAAGAAUCUGGACUCUGGUUUUAAGAGGACUAUUUUUAGAGCAACUCAACGUCUGGACUAUUUUUAGUAAACUGCAUGAUUUUUUUUACAAUCUUUACUAAAGGCUGGGACGGGGGGAGAUCUACUGACACCAGGGGAAGCUCUUCUGACACGAUCCCCUUGCCUUCAAUCAGAGGAGAGGGAGGAGAGCGAUGUUGAACCUUGGAGUCGGAGGUGACGUUUCUAAACACUGCCAUUUUCAGGGAGGUGACUCGUGUAGAGAGCUUUUCUUCAUGCACACUCCCACUUGCUAGUGGUUGUAGCUUUGGUUUAUUGGGAACAAUGUCUUUGGCUGCACUGGUGCCCUGAAUCGCAGUCUUUGCUUUGCGUUGCCUUCUCACAGUGACAAUAGAGCUAGCCAUGUUUUACUGCCAGUUGAACUUUUAUGUGGCUGCUGUUUUGCACUGAAUGUCUUUGAACUAGCUUGUCGACUCCUGCAGAGACCAUUGCGCUCGGCCGUCGGCCAGCGUCGUUGCAGGUCGCCAGCAGGGGGAGCCGGAAAUCCGCCUCUGCCUCGGCAGAUAAACAAGUUUAGUUUUGUUGUUGGCACCAAGACGAAAGCGGAGUAACCGUAAAAGUUAAUGGUCUGCGUCGGCAGAUUGCUCCAUCAUGUCCUUUACUACGGGUCCAAUUAGGAAAGGAAUACGUUUUAGUCCAUGAAAACCAUGAAGUCUCUUAUCUUGGAGGAACCUCUUGCAUAUACUCGAUGCUAGCUUCAGGAGGACUUUCUAAAUGUUUUCAAUGUUAUUGUGUAGUUGAUAGCACUAUUAUGAAAAAGCUACUUGUCAUUCCAUAGGAGUCUGAGGACUGCUUUGUGUAUCACUGUGACUGCCGUGUGUGCUUAGAGAUGUAGACUUAUCAGUAGGUAGCCAAACCAGUUUGUUCUGUAGUGAUGUCGUAGCGUUUAACUCCAUUAUCCCUUCUACACGCAGUGAAAGAGAGAGAGAGAGUGAGCAAGCGUGACGUCGCCCAGCUUCACGUGACAAAAAAAAUAACCAGCAAAAGUCAGGGAGCGACUUUUGGUCCAGACGUGAGUGGGGCUUCACACAGCUUUUCGUUGAGCACUGUGCAAUACUUGUAUGUUCAUCCCAUAGUGUUGAAGUGGGUGACGUUGCCUGAGAAAUCGAUUCUAACCCUCGAGGAGGAUUCCAGCCUCGAGGGACGUUCUCUCCUUUCCACUGAGAUGGUUAGGACACAGCACACGUAGAUUCAGCCUGUAGGCCGGAGCCGGCACCCGUUGACCUCUGUUCGGGUUCCCUCCCUUUUCGCAGGUUCGUUUUUCUUCUUGCACACAGUUCCAGCAUCAGACGUUUCAGGGAGCAUUCGUUAAAAAGACCAAACCAGAUUCUACGUUUAAAGAUCCCCUUAAAUAGCCGUGUACAUAUUUACCGUGUCAAAAAUGUAUAUCUAGAAUUAGUAUAAAGUGACAUACUAUGAUUCUUUAGCGCGAGCAUCAUCUGCAUAUGAAACUCAUCAUCCUUCUCUCAUGGUCAUUCCAGAUUCUGUUUCCUGCCCUUUUAUAUUUGAGCUGAAAACUGAAUGUACAGUACGGACUGUGUUGGUGUUGAUUACUUUGACAGUGACAUUAGAUGUACUUGCACUUUUUGUUGUAAAAAUGAAAAUAGUCCUUUUGUUUCUAUUUUUCCAACUCUUAUACUUUCUUUGAGGACCAAUGGAGGUGACGCCUCUCCUGUCUGCAUUGCCAGCCCCUUUUAUUUGUCAUGUUUUACAUAUAGAGUCAUGAAUUUCAGUACAGCUUCAGAUUUAAUGAGAAAAAGGAUUAAAGUACAAGGUAAAGGCUGUACAAACGGCCUGAGCUAUUCAGCAAGAAUACUAAUGCAUAGCGCUUGUACUAAUGGAAUUAUCGUCUCAAAACCGAAAGAAAAUCAAACUGAAUUUAGACCGUAAACGUCUGAGCGUUUCAGGGAAUUCAGUAAUGGGCAGCAUUGCAGAAACUACCAGAUGUGAGGUGUGUGUGGGGGGGGUGGGGGAAACACAAAGCAAAAGCCAUUACAUGCACUGCAACGCAAUGCUCCUCUUAUUACAAUUUCCUACCAAAGUAUGCACGAAUAAUCAAAUCCCUAAAAAGAAAAGCUCUGUGUGUGACAAGGAAACUGGAGAUUCUCACCGAUGAAAAGCCACACUAACCUUUGAAAACAAAGCUGUGUAAAGUAUUAGAAUCUGAUGCUGUAGAAAGAUCCUAGUUGCCUUUGUGUAUAUCAACUGCCUGCUUGAGUAUUUUGUGUGUGGAAAUUUUCUGUGUAAUCUCGUAGAACUGUUUGGGGUGUUUUUUCCUGCCAUAUCGCUCGCAGUGACGGCGAGCCGCUGACGGUUAUCUUUGCUGUGUAUACCUUCAUUUUUGACGAGGUGUUUUACAGUUUCGUUUCACUUUGUGUAGUGAUUCACUCUGUGGAGUUUUCUGACUGUUGUUAUAUAACUUCAUAUACACAAAUGAUCAAUAAAAACGUUUUUUUUCCUGUU